AUGCCACGUCUACAUACAUUUCACUUCGAUAUUGUUACUGAAUAUGUCAGCAUGAAUGAACAACAACCUAAGCCAACACCUGAUGAUAUUCGACGUACAUUUACGGAAAGAGGAUAUCAUGUUGAUUGUUAUAUCGACUAUGAAUUUUAUAAUUUAGGUCGAUGUCAUGUUUAUUCAAUUCCAUUCGAUAAUGAACGUUUGUGUCAUAUAACGCACGGUUUUCCUGGUGGUAUGUUCAUCAAUGUUCGUGUUCUACAACGAAAACUUUAUCCUUAUUUUCCACCAUAUCGAACUGAAAUAAAAAAUAUACAAAAACUAUCUGAAUUAAAUGUUGAUCAAAUUGGAAAAAUUUAUUUUAAAGAUUUAGGACCACAAAUUGGAUGGAGCAUAGUAUUUAUUGCUGAAUAUGCAGUCCCAUUGUUUAUCUAUAUUAUUAUUUUAUAUUUCCGACCAAGUCUUAUAUGUGGUUCAACAUCUGCUUCAAAAUCAAUGCAUAUUGCUGCUCAUUAUACUCAAAUUUAUUUAUAUUUAGCUAUUUUUAUAUUAAUUGAAAUUGGUAAUUUAUCAAGUCAUUUACUUCUUCGUGAUCUUCGUUCACCUGGUACAAAUGAACGUCGUAUAUCAUAUUCAAAUAAAAAAAAACCAUUUACAAAUUUUGUUUUAUUUGAUUUCAUUCUUCAAAUAAUUCAAUCUCAUUCAUCAUUAUCAUCAUCACCAUUACUUAUAUUAACAUCUGAUCAAUAUCGACAAGUUCUUGAUGAUUAUCUUUCAACAUUAAAUAUAACAUAUGAAAUCAUUAUUUAUCGACAACAAACAGAAGAUAAAUUAGUACCUGAAUUUUAUACAGUUGAUCAAUCAACUAAUGCAGUAAUAUCAAUACGAAUAACAGCUAAUUCAGAUAAAUAUCUUCUAUUAAAACAAAAUAUUCUUGCUAAUUAUGUAAAUCUUUCAUCAAAUUGUUAUUCAGUAAGUAAUCUUCCAACAAAUACCGAAUGGACAUUUACAACAAAUGUAUAUUCUCCAGUUGUAUCCAAUGCAAUGAUUGUUGAAUCUCGAGAAGAAUGA